GUGUUUCCGGUUUUCCUUUGAAAGAGGCGUUUGUGGGGCGACGGAGAGGAUAAAAUGGUGCGUAAAUUAAAAUAUCACGAGCAGAAGCUGCUGAAGAAGGUCGACUUCAUCAGCUGGGAGGUGGACAACAACCUGCACGAGGUGAAGGUGUUGCGGAAGUAUCGCAUCGAGAAGCGCGAGGACUACACGAAGUACAACAAGCUGAGUCGGAACAUCAGAGAGCUGGCGCAGAAGAUCAGAGACCUGGAUGAGAAGGAUGGCUUCAGAGCUCAGAGCACACACUGCUUCCUGGAAAAGCUGUACAGCAUCGGCCUGAUCCCCACCAGACAGAACCUGUCGCUGACAGAGAAGGUCACGGCCUCGUCCUUCUGCAGGAGGCGGCUGCCCAGCAUCAUGCUGAACCUCCGCAUGGCUCAGAACCUGAAGACGGCCAUUACGUUCAUCCAACAAGGACAUGUUCGUGUCGGACCGGAUAUCGUCACAGAUCCAGCUUUUCUCGUCACAAGAAAUAUGGAAGAUUUUGUCACCUGGGUGGACUCGUCGAAGAUCAAGCAGCACGUCUUAAAUUAUAAUGACGAGAGGGACGACUUUGAUCUGAUAGCAUGAGUGGGAAUGAACUGUUCUGCAAAGACAACAGAAGAGGAGGAAUGCUUUAAACUCCAACAGCCCAGACUUACAGACUUCUGUAGACUUACGUUGGCCAUGUUUACUAUAGAGUCCUUCUGGGUAUGAAGGAUGAAUGCUGCCUCAUUCAGCGUGAAGCAGUCUUUAAAUGUCCUGGCUUUAACAUUAGGAGUGCACCAGUAAAUGGGCCCUGGGCGAUCGGCUGAUACUGACAGAACACCUGCAUAAUUAAAAAAUUUUUUAUAUCAGUCAAAACCUGAAUCAGAAGAUCAGCUUGUCCUUAUGGCCCCAGUGACUCACAUGAAAGUGUCUUUCCUUGUGAUCGUUAAGGGGUAACAAGAUCUCUCAGCCAGAAAUCCUCAAUCGGUGAAUCCCUGUUUAAAAUCCCUCAAGAUAAUAAUUUAAUUCCAGAACUUUUUUGGGGAAUAUAAAAACCCCCAAAUCUGAUCCUAUUAGUUCAUUUUCUUUGCUUCGAGUCACAUUAUUCUAACCUGUUUCUCACCUCAUGGUAAAAAUCCAGGUACUUUAUUUUGGUUAUUUUUAUUGCUUGUUCAUAAUAUUUCACAAUACACAAUAAAGUGUUUAUUGGGAUCAGUAAAUGUAUUUUCUGAAAGAUGCUGAUUCAAUAGUAAUAAACUUUCUGACAGGAAAAGUCAGAAAGUUUAUUUCAGAACCUUGUGAAUGUGACCAACCAGGAGCUGAACCAGGUCUGAUUUUCAGAAUAAAGUACAAUAAUAAAAAGAUUAUGUUUAGGUAUUGAAGUCAGUAACAAUAACUGGUUUCCAAAUGAAAGCCACUGUUCAGGUUGAUUUAAUGUAGUUUUCAGGUUGUUUAAAUCUAACUAAAUUUUGUCCCUUAACUUAUUGAUGGACAAAAAACACUUGUAAAAAAAUAAACUACAAUUUCUGAUCACACAGUUAGGAGGCUAUAUAAACUACCUUCAUUAAGUAUUUCAUUAGUAUCUCUAAGUAAACUAGGAAUUUAUCAGAUUAUUUUAGUUAUUCAGGUUAAAAGAAAAGGUGAAACCUAAAUACAUUAUGGAUUCACUUUACUGUGAAAUAUUUAAAGUAUUUGGAUUAAUUUUGAUGUUUGACUGAAAUUGAAUUAAAACCCAAACCUCACGAGUCGUGAA